AUGAAUUCACGUGGGAAGGCUAUACAAAAUUUCUUCAAUGAUGAUUCUGAUGAUGAUGACCUUCAUCAACAGAGGGUUGCAAUGGCUGUUCAACACCAUACGUUUUUGCUCGAGCAAUAUGCUCAACAAUCCAAACAUUGUGGUUCUGUUGCAGGCAGUGAAUACAAGAAUCAGAACAGAGAAAAACAUCAUAAGAGUCUCAUGGAGGACUACUUCUGUGAAAGACCACUUUAUCCCCCAGUGGACUUUCGCAGGCGGUUCCGCAUGAGAAGAGAGCUUUUCUAUCGCAUCUUGAAUGAUGUUGUUGCACAUGAGCCAUACUUUACCCAGAAGAUAGACGCUUCCGUGUAUGGUCAGUGGUACCUCCGUUCCCCAAAUCCGGCCGACCUUUACAGGCUCUUGCACAAGGCUAGUCGCAAAGGAUUCCCAGGCAUGUUAAGCAGUCUUAACUGCAUACAUUGGGAAUGGAAGAACUGCCCCACUACUUGGGCAAGCCAGUUUACUGGCUACAAGCAUAAGCCAACUGUCGUUCUAGAAGUAGUGGCCUCAUAUGACACUUGGAUAUGGCAUGCCUUUUUUGGCGUUGCCAGAUCGAACAACGAUAUAAACGUUCUAGCUCAUUCCCCGUUGUUCAAUGAUGUAGUGAAUGGAGUGUCUCCCCAUAUCCAAUAUGUUGUCAAUGGAAAUGAAUAUAAUUUGGAUUAUUACUUGGCUGAUGGUAUCUACCCUCGUUGGGCUACAUUGGUUAAGAUGAUUUCCCAACUGGACACUCCAAAAAAAAGACUAUUUGCCCAAAAACAAGAGGCUUAUAGGAAGGAUGUCGAAAAAGCCUUCGGAAUACUUCAGGCUUAA